GAUGUUGUUGUUGUUGUUGUUUUUAUUGUUGAUGGUGAUGGUCAUUGAUGAUGACCAUCCAAUGAAGGAAACGGACGAUGUUCACCAGCGGAACUGUCUCCGUGAUCUCUUUCUUUUUGCCUACAAAUGUGAUAACUGCGUGCUAUGUCUAGUUUGUGUGUAUGUUUUCGCUCUUCUCCGUUUUUGUUGCAUGGCCCAUGCUGGUCUGCUGAAAAGCCCUGGAUUGUACCAAGUCUACGGCCCCCAAACAUGCGAGGGUCUUUAAUCACAAAGAUGACGAAACCUUAUUAGUAUGUCUUGUCUAUUUCAUUUGCAGAAAGCUACUAUAUAAAAAAAAGGUCU